UCUGGGCGUGCCCGGAUGGGGGCGGGGCGGGGCCCAUCCCCUCAAAUCUCGCGGCUGCGGCCCGCCGUGGGUGCCAUGGAGGCGAGGGGCGCGCGCGUGGCCCUGUGCGGCGUCACGCUGCUCUGCGCCAUGGGCCUGGGCCAGCGCCCCGCCGGGGGUCUGAGCUGCGGCCCCGACCGCCUUCUGCGGGGAACCGGGACGGACACGCGCUGCUGUCGCCUGUGCACCCCGGCUGAGGCUUGUCCUGAGGGGGACUGCACGUGUGUUGAGCCAGGGUACCACUGUGGAGACCCCCAGUGCAAGACCUGCAAGCACCACACUUGCCCGCCGGGCCAGGAGGUGCGGCCUCAUGGGAAUUUCAAUUUCGGCUUUGAAUGUGUCGACUGUGCCACAGGGACCUUCUCUGGAGGCCAGGAGGGUCGCUGCAAACCCUGGUCAGACUGCUCCCAGUUUGGGUAUACCAUGUUCCCGGGGAACAAGACACACAAUGCCGUAUGUAGCCUGGGGCUGCCGCCCGCCGAGCCACACGGCCUGCUGACCAUCGUCCUCCUCACCGUGGCCGCCUGCAUCCUGGUCCUGAGCGCAGCCCAGCUUGGCCUACACAUCUGGCAGCUGAGGAGGCAACCCGUGUGGCCCCCAGAGACCCAGCUGCCCCUGGAGGCACGGCCGCCAGCCGAGGAUGCCUGCAGCUGCCAGUUCCCCGAGGAGGAGCGGGGCGAGCAGCUGCUGGAGGACAAGGGCCAGCUGAGGGACCUGUGGGUGUGAGGCCUGGCUGUCCUCUGCCGCAGACCCAGAGCCAGACCCUCCAGGAAGCGUCCCAGGGCUGACCCUCAGGAGCAAGGGCUCUGCACCCUGCCGGGGGGACCCCAGCUCUGGGCCCGGCCCUGCUCCCCUCGAUGGUGGAAGUGGGUGGGGGACGGUGACAGUGGCCAGUCCCCCAGACCAUCCAGAAGAGGCAGCGGCUGUGGCCAGACCCCAUGAGAGAUAGAGCCACAGCUAUGGCUGCUUCCCUCCCUCGCUGGCCCUGUUUGGGGGGGUGUCUGUGGGCCCCUGGCUCCCAGGACAGGAGGCUGUGCCCAGUGCGGGACUCAGCUGCAGGCAGUGUGCAAUAAACACUUGU